CAAUCUGUGCGACAAUCGAUUUCUCAUAUAUAGUCCAUCUUUUAUCAAGAAUCGGACUUGUACAAGUGUACAACUGCAAGUCUUAACAAGAAGUAAUUAUGUCUAUCGUCUAUGAUGCAAUCGCAGGUCUCGAUUUGACACCAGAUGAAAAAAGUGACCUACGCGCUUACUUCGUUAAUAAUUCAGAUAAAAGAAAGGAAUUAGAGCUCUUCAUUUCUGGUUGUUCUGAUGAUGAGGUGGUUUCUUGUUUGAGAAAAGUCUUAAGGCCUGAAUUUGCUACCGUAGGACCUGUUGCUGAUUUGAAAGAUACGGAAUUUGAUGCAAAAACAAGUGAACUUUUAAAGUUGGCCUAUGAUACCAAUUUUUUUGGACUAGAUAAUCAACCAUCAAGACUGUUUAUUCGUAAUUGCUACAAAGACCUGCUCGACAUCGUUUCGAAACCUGAAAUAAGAAAUUUACGUAUCUCGGGUAAUCCUGGAGUCGGAAAAACAUUUUUCGGCUAUUACUUACUUUAUGAUCUCCUGACAAAAGAUAAAACGAUUGUAUACGAACUCCAUACUAUGAAAGGUAGUGUUAUCCUCUUUAAAGAGGGUAAGGGUUUCUAUCUUAGCGAGGCUAUAGAUCACAAAAUUAUAAGAAAUUACCUGUAUAAAAAAGAUACUUGGUAUAUCGUUGAUGGGAAAAAACCAUAUAAUGCUUCUGUUGCUAAGACAAUUCUUAUUUCUUCACCAAUGAAGAGUCACUAUCAUGACUUUGAUAAGAGUGAGGGUGACUCAGUAACCAUACUAAUCAUGCCAGUAUGGACUUGGAAAGAAAUUAAUUAUUGUAGACAAAAUCUUUUCGAAAAUCUUGAUGAAAAAUUGGUUAGUGAGUUGUAUGUAAAGUGGGGAGGGAUCCCUCGGUAUAUUUUAAAGGAAGCUCUAAAUAGUAGUAUUCAACGUAAGCUUACACAAGCGGAUAAUAAUGAUUUGAAAGAUGAGGAAAACACUGUAGAUGAAGACGAGAUCAAUUAUAUUGCUGAAGAAUACUAUACAGAAACAAUUAUAAAAUAUGCGUCUGACUAUGUAGGUGAAAUUAUAUAUGAGAGGCUCAAAGAUUCAAUAAUAAGACGAUUACAGGCAGAAGUAGAAGCAUGCAUAGCACGAGAAAAAAGUAUUAAUAAUGCGUACUUUGGUUGCUAUUUUGAGCAGAUUGUUCACCGGAUAUUUCGAAAAGGAGGACCUUUUCGUGUUCGUUCCUUAGAACCCGAUAGUAAUGACAAUCUAUUAACUGAAACUUUGAAUAAGCAGGAUGAGAUACUCAAAUUUUCUAAUGUUGAAUCGAUUGAAAAUGAUAAAUACUAUCAACCAGAAAAAAAGUUAUGUGGCAAUUACCAAAAGCAGAAUUUUGUUACUUCUAAAGAUGACGUUUCUCGGAGAUUGCCACGUUGGAUUAAAAAUCAUGUUAAGCAAUACGUUCUUGGAAUUGAUUUAAGUUCUGGAGGUUCUAGAAAUUUACCAAAUUUACCAAGAACGUCAUCUACCGCAACAAUUGAGGAAGGAGUUUCGAAUUUAUCAACUGUUGAAGAGCCAUCGGCUUCUAUCCCUGCAAAAAGGUCCAGUGGAAAUCAAAGUGAAGGGAGUAAAGGGAAAAAAAGGGCUAGUUAGUAAGAAUACUGUGUGAUGCAUCACGUGAUAGCCUUGGAACUCAAUUUAGUAUAUAUGCAGUGUAAUAAAAAUAUAUGUAUAAUUAAUAAAAUUUUCGAGUAAA